CAAGGUAGUACCACAACGUGAUUCAACUGCCGAUGCCGACUGCAGUCGGUACUAACGUUACAGAGCUGCAACACGGCGGUACUGCUGGACAAUUCCUGAUUUAACAAGUGUCACAAGUGUUUGUGUAUUCGUAUUCUAAACGAAAAGUGUGGAAGUGUGGUACUGAUCUGCGGGAUGAGAUUACUCAAGUGUAACAUCCAGUGGAUAAUGUAAAGUUCGAUUUGCGAAGAAAAAAAACAACGAUGGACCUUCUGGCACUAAUAUUUUUGUUGUUCAUCACAAACGUUUCUUGUCAAGGGUACUACAACGUAGUGGGGCCGAGGGUCAUCAGGCCUAACAGCGAGUACCACUGCGCGGUCGGCGUGCAGGGGACGUCGCAACCCACCAGCGUGACGGUUGUCCUCCGGGGCACCGCUUUCCAAGGGACGCCCUUCCUCGCUCAAGACCAGCUCGUCGUGCAGCCUUACGGUUCAGGAAUUUGCAGGUUAGAGAUCGGCGAUUUGGAAGAUGGAGAAUACAGCCUGGAGGUACGUGGAUCCGGAGGAUUGGACUUCUCGACAGUCUUCCCGAUGGAAUUCGUUCACAAGAGUUAUUCGGUGUUCAUACAAACGGACAGACAAGUGUACCAGCCCGGAUCAAAAAUCAUGUUCCGGGCUAUUGUGUUGAAUUGGCGAUUGCAACCUGCUGCCGAAGUUAGGAAUGAGUUGCUUCAUAUACACAUUUCGGACGGUUCCGGAAACAGAGUGAAGGAAUGGCGAGGAGUGGAAGUGAUCAAAGGUGUUUUCACCGGCGAUCUUAAACUCAGCGAAAGCCCAGUUCUAGGCAACUGGAACAUAUCCGUUACAAUCCACGGACAAACGUACAACAAAACCGUGGAAGUGGCCAAAUACAUCUAUCCAAAGUUUUUCGUAGAUAUCACCACAGACAAACACGUGACGUUCAGAAAUAACAUAAUAAGAGCUCAGAUCAGUACGAGGUCGCAUUUGGGAAGAAAGAUCCAGGGUGAAGCUACCGUCACGGCUUAUCCCACAAUAUACUCUGGUGUAAUCCAGCCGAUCUUCCAGAAUCCCAUCCGCAAGGUUCAGGAAAUCGAUGGCAGCAUAACGGUGGAAUUCGAUAUAGAAAAGGACUUGGGACUGAACGAUGAGUACGAGAGGACGGUCAUCGUAGACGUGAUAGUAGAAGAAAAACCAACAGGUCGUAGGCAAAAUAAUAGCGUCGAAGUUCAUAUCCACAAGUACGAUUACCAUAUGCAGCUCAUAAAGACUGCGGACUACUUCAAGCCUGGCCUCAAAUAUACGGCUUAUGUGAAAAUUACAAAUCAUGAUGGUACACCAGUGAAAAAUAUGCCGGGCGUCACCGUCAGGCAUGGGUACUCAAGGGUUGACGAAGUUUAUGAAGAAACCAGCCACACCUUGGAUGAUAAUGGGCUCAUCAAAUUGGAGUACUUCACUCCUACGAAUGUUACCAAUGGAACUGCACUCCGUAUAGAGGCAGAGUUCAAAGAUCUAAAAGAGCGAAUCUCUCCGAUACCGGCCGCAGUAUCCUACAGCAACACUUUCCUCCAGGCCUCUUUGGAGUCCGACAGACCGAUAGUGAACCUUGAUGUGGAAAUAGCGGUAAACUGUACAGAACCACUGAGAUACAUAAACUACGUACUGAUGGGACGGGGAGACGUACUUCUAACGAACUCUUUCAAAGUGGAAAACAGCAAAGAGUUCAACUUUCGAUUCACUGCGACCCAUGCGAUGGCUCCCGUCUGUCAUUUGAUCGUGUACUACGUUAGAACGGAUGGAGAGCUGGUUGGAGACUCGUUGGAUAUAGGAAUUGACGGAAUGUUACCAAAUUUCGUUGACAUCCAAGUGAAUACUGUAGAGAGCGAGCCGGAUUUAGACGUGGAAUUCGUGGUGAGAGCCCAGCAGAAUUCUUAUAUCGGUUUAAUGGCAGUGGAUGAAAAUGUGGGUUUACUAAGGGAGGGUUAUGAUCUAACGAUGGAGGAUAUAGCCGAAGAACUGAAGAGGUAUGACAUAGCAAGAGGAACGCCGUACCCGCAAUUCACUAUGAGUUCAAAAACUCAGUUUUCCUGGCAUCCGGGCGCCAGCAAUCCACAUACUGCUAUUUACGAAUCUGGAGCCGAUUUGCAGACUAACGCCCAUGUGAAUAGACAUAAGCCUACACUGGAAGACAUCUAUUUGCGCCCGGUCUUCUACGGCUCCUCCACCGUGAAACCGGACAGAGGUUUCGGCCUGCCGAUCCACUCCGUCACCAGACCUCCCCUCGCGGGCCCUUACGCCUUCAGCCGAAUCCCCAAACCGGUAUGGAACAUGCCCAAGGUGUACCUCACCCAAGACAUUGCCCCCACGUGGCUCUUCAACAACUUUACGUCCGGCUACGAAGGAAAGACCUCUCUGAGACGGAGGAUCCCGAACACUUUGAACACGUGGUCCAUUACCGGCUUCUCGGUACAUCCCCUGCAUGGUUUGGGGUUGAUUACGUCGCCGAAAACGCUGAAGGUGUCGAAAUCUUUCGCCGUUUCGUUAGAGUUGCCCUACAACGUUAGGAGGGGAGAAAUUCUUGCGGUGCCCGUUUUGGUGAAGAACAACAUGGGACAAGAUAUCAAUGUGGAGGUGACCCUCCACAAUUCUGAGCAGAAGUUCGAGUUUGCAGAGGUGUCCAAUGAAGUUAAUGCAACACGCAAAGUAGAAAUUUACCGCAGAAAAAGGUUGGGCGUUAAGAAAUAUUCGGAAGCUUCAAUCUCAUUCCUGAUCACAACAGUCAAAAUAGGCUCAGUGGAGAUCAAAGUAACGGCGAAUAGUCCCAAAACCCAAGAUGUAGCUUUCAAAAACCUCUUAGUAACGGCCGAGGGAGAAACCGAAUACUAUACGAAAACGAUCCUGGUUGACCUGAGGACGAAUCCAAAUUUUCGAUCCUCAAUAAACUUCACCAUACCCGAAAACGCCGUAACAAACUCCGAAAAAAUCGAAGUAUCGACGGUUGGGAGUUUUCUAGGACCCGCCAUGAUCCAUCUGGAGAACCUCAUCAGACUCCCAGCAGGCUGUGGAGAACAAAACCUUGUGCACUUCAUGCCCAACUUGAUUAUAUUGCAGUAUUUGAGGGUCACUAGGCAGUUGACUCCAACUAUAGAAAAUGAAGCCUUAAUGAAUUUAGAGAGCAGUUACCAACAGCAGCUGACUUACAAACGACCAGACGGUUCAUUUAGCCCAUUUGGUUGGAGGGACACAAAUGGCAGUGUUUGGCUCACAGCAUACGUUGCCUUGGCUUUAAAACAAGCCAAACCAUACAUUUUCGUUGACGAAAGCAUAAUCGAGAACGCACUGAAUUGGUUGGUUGCCGUUCAAGGAAAAAACGGCAGCUUCUACGAAACUGGAAACGUUAUUCACGCAGACCUGCAAAGCAGAGAGGGAAGCAGCCUGGCCCUCACUGCUUUCGUCACUAUGGCCUUGCUCGAAAGCGAUAAACACAACGACCCCCUUUUCACAAACUCCAUCAACAAAGGCCUGGACUACCUGGCGCGAAACAUCGACGAACAGCAACCAGUCUAUGCCUUGGCCCUGUGCAGCUACGCCCUACAGAUUGCAAAGCACACCUCGAAGCAGAGCGCCUUCAACCUGCUGGACGCCAAAUCCAAGACGAAGAACAGCAUGAAAUGGUGGGCCAAAGACACGCCCCGGAACGAAGCGAAGAAUCCUUGGAACUCCCGCCCCAAAUCGAUCGACAUCGAGACUACUUCCUACGCCCUUUUGACUUUCAUCGAGAUGAACUUGCUGGACGACGCCACUCCGGUCUUGGAGUGGUUGAUCAACCAGCAGAACAGCCUGGGAGGGUUUGCCUCUUCGCAGGAUACCGUUGUGGGGCUGCACGCCAUGUACAAGUUGGUCACGAGGUUGGCUACUCCUACUAAUAUUCAGGUGGAGUUUGAGUAUGGGAAAGAAGGCCGCGGGAAGUUUAGCGUCAAUAAAAACAAUGUUAUGAUACUGCAGAGUACAGAGAUAAGUAAAGAUUCUAGAGAAGUCAAUGUAACGGCACAGGGAACCGGUUUGGCUAUAUUCAAAGUAUCCUAUCAAUACAACGUAAACGUAACAGGCCCUUGGCCGAUGUUCACUUUGGAUCCACAAGUAGACAAGAACUCCAACGGACACCACCUUCAGAUAUCCAUUUGUACAGCAUUUGUGAGCAGGAAUCUGACGGAGAACCCUCAAAGCAACAUGGCAGUUAUGGACGUUACCCUCCCUUCUGGUUACACAGCCGAUACCGACGCCUUGCCGAGUCUGGAAGUUUCCCAGAACGUCCAAAAAGUUGAGACGAGUCAUGGACUGACUAGGAUAAUCUUGUAUUUCAACAACAUCACCAGAAUCGAAUAUUGUCCCACGAUAUCUGCAUUCAGAACGCACAAAGUAGCUAAGCAAAAACCAGUUCCGGUCGUUAUUUACGAUUAUUAUGACACCUCAAGAAGAGCCCGAGUGUUUUACAAAAGCAGGAGCGUCACCCUCUGUGAUAUAUGCGAGGAAGAAGACUGUGGUGACAUCUGUUCAACAGAAGCAAAAGCGAGAGCGAGUCAAGAAGGGGGAGUAGACGCCCGAGAUGGUGGAGGUGCCAGUGGAAUUAAAAGCGUGUCAAUCUGGAUUCCGUUACUGAUUCUAUUCGCGGUCUACAACCGUUGAAAAGUUGACUAACACUUAGAAGACUAAAUAAUCGGUUAACCAAUGUUCCUUAACAAACUUGUGAUGAUCCACAAGUAAAAAAGACAUUACUUUUUUGGGUGAUGAGAAAGUAGUAGUACUAACCAAUUGAAACAGAGCGAGUAAGAAGCAAAAAUGGUCCAGGA